GGAGGCAGCAUCAUGGCGGCGUCCACCUUUGGCGUGCAGUCCGCGGUUCGCAGAGCGAUCGUCCCGUCUUUGGUGGUGAUUUUGGGAGCUACCGGUACGGGCAAGUCCAAACUGGCUAUCGAGAUUGGAAAACGGCUCUGCGGAGAGAUCAUCAGCGCCGAUUCCAUGCAGGUGUACCAGGGUCUGGACAUCAUCACCAACAAGGUGACGGCCGAGGAGUCGGCCCAGUGCAGACAUCACAUGAUCGGCUUCGUGGACCCGCUGGUCAGCAGCUACACCGUGGUGGACUUCAGGAACAAAGCCCUGGCGCUGAUCGACGACAUGCACCGCCGCAACAAGCUGCCCAUCAUCGUGGGGGGAACCAACUACUACAUCGAGUCUCUGCUGUGGAGGGUCCUGGUGGAUACACAACAGGAAAACGAGCAGCCGGACAACGGAGAUCAACACAGCAAGCUGGAGCUGGAGAAGCUGGGAGGAGCGGAGUUACACAAACGCCUGGAGAAGGUGGAUCCAGCAAUGGCGGCCAUGCUGCAUCCCAACGACAAGCGCAAGCUGGCCAGGAGUCUCCAGAUCCAUCAAGAGACGGGCGUCCCCCACAGCCGCUGGCUGGAGCAGCAGCGGGGGCAGGAGGGGGGCGGCGGGCUGGGAGGGCCGCUCAGAUACUCCAAGCCCUGCAUCUUCUGGCUGCACGCUGACAUGAAAACUCUGGACGAGCGGCUGGACAGUCGAGUCGAUGACAUGUUGUCCGCAGGAUUGAUAGACGAGCUGAAAGAUUUCCACGUCCGGUACAAUCAGCAGAAAAUCAAAGAUGACAGUCAGGACUAUCAGCACGGGAUUUUCCAGUCCAUUGGCUUCAAGGAGUUUCACGACUACCUGACUGCUCCUGAGAGCUGCGGCCAGCCGGAGAAGGACGCGCUGCGAAACAAAGGCGUAGAAGCCUUGAAGAUCGCCACGAGGCGUUACGCUCGCAAACAGAAUAAAUGGGUCCGUAACCGCUUCCUUAAACGACCGGGAGACAACAUCCCAGCGGUGUACGGUCUGGAUGUGACGGAUGUGUCGAGGUGGGAGGAGACGGUGCUGAACCCUGCACUGCAGAUACUGGACAGCCUCAGUAAGGGUGAAGAGCCGGCUACUGCACCAGUCGUGGUUCAGGAGACGCAGCAGAGGAACAAACGGAGCCACAACAUGUGUGAUCUGUGUGACAAAGUCAUCAUCGGCGACCUGGAGUGGCGAGCUCACCUAAACUCCAAGAAGCAUCAAUAUCACGUGAAGAAAAGGCGCAGAUCAGACUCGGCGUGCGAUCAGUCUCACAGCAGCGGCGCCGCUGCAGGAGAGCCGUUCUCAGAAGACCCCGGAGCGCCUGUUGCCCCGGGCUGCAGUCAGAGCUCUCAGGACUCCUCCACAGACUCGACCACGACUCACAAGGAAGUCCCUGUGGCCCUCUGACGCCGGGCCGCGCUCAGUGGGACUCCCCUCCUGCUCUCUGUGGAUUUCUGUGCGUUGAUGCUUGAAGCACUUUACUUUGGAAUGUGGACUUUAAAGUGUAAAUGUGAAGUUUUCUAACCUGGAAAAAAAAAAGAAAAUAAUCACAUCCAUCAUUUUACAGUUUUGCUGCCUAAAAAUAUAAUUUAUUGUUUAAAACAGAAGUUUAUUUUUUUAUACUUUUACACAGUGUGCUUUAACUGAAGUGUUCUUUUUUUAUAAUGUGAAGCAAUUUUGAAGCUAUAGAACAAUCAAAUUUCCUGGAACUACAUCAGUUAAAGACAAAAAUAAUAAUAAAAAAAAAUCAUCUUAAAAGUGAAUGUGAGACGUUUUCUUAUGUGAUCAGUGAUGGCUUCAUCUUGCUCUGUCUGAGCUCGCCCAGCGGUUUACUGUGCUUUGUUUGCCUGCUGCCACCUUGUUUUAUUGCCCUGAAUUACAGCUCUCAGGGACUUUGUUUGAUAAUGACUGGCCACCUGAUUUAUGCCGUUGUCUUUCAGCCGGGGCUUAGCUGAGCUCAUUUCUGGCCCUGCUCGUUGUGUAAACCUCCAGUUCAAAGUGUGUGUGUGUGUGUGUGUGUGUGUGUGUGUGUUCACACCAGUGAUUGCACGGCUUUGUUCUCAAAGCACCCCUUUUCAGACCAAGGUGUGCCUGUCCGCCCGCUUUAAAGCCGCUUACACAAUAUCUGGCGCGGCUCCAAAGGCAUCUUCAAGACGCUCCCUUUCCAUCUUCUCACCUGCCGCUCUUUCUUGGAGAUCACACACCUCUCGCACAUUCCCGGUUUGCCGCUCCGUCAUCUCUUUCUUCCUUUAUGUUUUCAACCUUGGAAACUAUUCUUUCACGCACCUUGGGUUCACAGGCUCCCAGCACUUGACCUCAUCAACAUGACUAAAAAUAUUCCCCAGCUAUAUAAUAGCUGGAAGUGUGUGCGUGUGUCCCACAUUCCCUCUUUCUGAACUGGGUCAGUCCUCAAGCUUACUGGGGGCUUACCGUACUGUAGUAUGGGAGUCUCGCUGAUAGCAAAGGUCACCGUGCAACUGGUGUCUCUGUUUUGCAAACCUUCUCUCUCCCUACUCGUGUUUUUCUUUCUUAAUCACGUCUUUAAUUGCACAGAAUCCAAACAAUUGAGUUCUCUUUGAAAGAUCGUGAUAAUCAGCCACCUGAUACACUUUCAAAAUGUCUCGCGUUCUCCGUGGCGACUGCGCUAUGUGUUGGUAUGUUCUUAUCUGGAGAGCCUCAGCCAGUCUGGCUCGGCGCCUCCAGGCACUGCUGAAUCACGCCGCGCUUCAAGGAAGCGGGCCUGCGCGAUUCCCUGACUUUAAAGCCCCUUGAAUCCCGCACAAGUGUAGGAGUGGGACCGCGUCCACGGUCACGGGGCUAAUUAGUGCUUUGCGCACGGAGACGCAGAGGAUCAUCUAC